AAUUUAUUUGAAAAAGCUUGCAGAAGUCAUAAUUGAUUUCCACAGACUGCUCACCCCUGUGCACCAUAUUUUGGGGUGACGCUGGGAAUGUCCUUGCUGGAAAUCAAAGAAGGUGAUAAGCUGCCAAAGAUGGCUUUUACUUCUUGGCACCCAAGUGGUUACUGACUCCUGGCCACUGAAACAACAUUUAUUUAGAUCGACAUAAAAAGCUCUACUGAAUCUACCACCUUCAUGCAUCUAUCCCUUACUACUUUUUUUUUUUUUUAAGAGCCUGUGACCUGAAGUUUGAGCUCAAGGACACAUCCAAGCAAGUCACCAGAGUUUUCUUUUUGCUCUGCUGGCUAAUCCCUGCUCUCUCCUCAUUACUCCCAAAAGAUGGAACUUUCCACACGAGAAAUUUGCCUCAACUUCAUGGUCGUCCUGAUUACUGUGAUCCUCAUGUGGCUCCUCGUGAAGUCUUAUCAGGAUUGAAAGACUCUCAGAAACUCUGGAGGUGAUUUCAGUGUGUGCCU